AGUCCAACACCAUCACGCCCGUGCACUUCCCCGGAUCUUCAUGACUAGGGGCCUAGAUUAACAUGCAGCCAUCCGCGAUGUCAACCUGCGUCUGUUCCCUCUUCUUCAUGCAAGUCAAUUUAGUUCUUGCAGUGGUCUCCCCCGCAAGUGGUAUUUCUGCAACUGCGCUCACGCGAACAUUUGCGUUUUUCGCACGCACACUACAACUGCAUCAAUGCUGUAGGAUCGUCGUUCGUGACCGCCGUUGUAAAUUUUGUUUUUUGCAUUCUUCUUUCAAAAAGGCAAUGCACCACGUUUGCGAUCGACCUGCAGCUGCAUUAAACUGGCUAUGCGUUCGUCCCUCCCUUGAGGGGUUUGAUGCUCGGGCAGGCAUGUGCCCUGUAUUUACCCACACCGUUACUGAUCGUUCACUAAACUGCCGGUGGACUAAUAUGUGUCCGCCAAACGCUCGUCGUGAGAUGAGGAAUGUACAGUGGAACGCGAUAAGUUGAAAUGACGAGGUCGACGUCAUUUCCCAAACGAUUCAGAUGGAGCGGCCGUCUCCACUCAAAGUCGAUUCAUCUAGGCAUGGCUAAUAUGUUAAGUUCAUGAGGCAAAUGACGGCGUGGCACUUGCCAUCCUGCGGCCUGUCCUCGGUCAAAAGAGAACAGGACUGACUAACUUGGGUCACCGUCACCUUUGCAUUCGGUGACGGAAGCCACGGCAUUUGAACACGUGUGUGAGCCUAUGAGCUAGUUCUGCAUUUGGCCGAUGACCAUGGUUCAAGGAAAGAGUGAGCGUUUGGGCGAGUGCACAGGCUGCUGUCGGCAUGUCGGUGUCUGCGAAAGGCCGACUCGUAACAGUCUGAUGCUUGCCAAGUAUUGUGUUGCGCGGCCGAA